UCAUUGUAGUGGAACUCUGAAGCAAACUAAACAUAAACAGAGUGCUUUUGGCGAAAAAGGUUAUAACAAUAUUGACAGAAAUGAGUGAACAAAAUAAUACAUUAAUGGACAAAAAUGAACGUCCUAUCCAAGUGUCAAAUGGAAGAAAAAUAAACAAGAAAAAUGAAAGCUAUGAAUUGGAGGAAAUAAAUAAACUAAUGCCUAAUAAUGAGCCAAUAACUCCUAUGCAAGAAAUCAACAAAGCUUAUGAAGUAUGUAAAUUCGGUUGGUUUCACGUGAAGUUGCUGUUUGUGAGUUUUUUCGGGUGUAUAGCCAGUAUUCUGGUUACGAACACCACUUCGUAUUUAUUGCCGAUAGCAGAGUGCGACCUCAAUAUGAAUCUCAAACAAAAGGGACUUUUGAAUGCUAUGCCUUAUUUUGGAAUGUUCGUAUCAACAGUAAUAGCUGGAUUUUUGAUAGACACAUUUGGAAGAAUAUACUUCUUAAGGAUCGGUUUUGGAGGCAUCUUUCUGUGCACAUUAUUUUCGGCUUCCAGUCAGACUUAUGAGAUGUUGGCUGCUGCUAAACUAUGCGAAGGUAUUUUAUUCGCCACAUCUCUAGCAGCCAUAUCGUGCUUAACGUCAGAGUUCUGCCACUCCUCAAUAAGGGACCGCGUGAUGUUAUGCCAGUCGUCAUACGCUGCGCUCACGCAGAUUCUGUCGCCGGCCAUGGCUUGGGGCAUACUCAUACAGGAUUGGAGGUAUAGCUUCUUUGAUGGGGCUUUUGUACUUAACGUUUGGAACUUCUACUUACUCGCAAUGUCACUAUGGUCUUUGACCGCCUUUCUCCUAUACCUAAUGUUACCAGAGAGUCCAAAAUUCCUAGUAACACAAAAAAGAUAUGUGGAAGCGAGAAAUAUUUUGAUCAAAAUAUACGUGGAAAACACUAGAAAACCUGCCGACUCAUUCCCGUAUCCAGAAAUAUUCGAAAAAGAAAUCAAAGAGGCUGCUACCGAGAAGGAAGAUGCAAGCAAGACGAAGUUUGGCACAAAAAUAUUGGCUGGCCUUAGAAAUAUGAAGCCGCUGUUUCAUAGACCUUUACUCGGGUAUUUGGGCCUGAUUGGUUUGAUGCAAUUCAUCACGUUAGGAAUACACAACGUUAUAAGGCUGUGGUUCCCUCAAUUAUCUACAAUAGUCGAGCAUUACAAAUUGGAUGGGAACCAAAAUUUAUGCGACCUAUUAGACGCUUAUACGGGCACUUCGAAAGUAAAAAAUAAUCCGAAUUCGACGACAGGAGUGUGCGUACCGCAUGUAAGUGGCUCCGAAACCUACAUCAACAGCAUAAUCAUAGGCUUAAUAAGCAUUCUGCCUUAUUUCAUCAGUGGGGUCAUUGUGAACAAGGUCGGUAAAAAGGCCCUCUUGUUCGUCGGAGGGGUGAUAUCUAGUGGGGCCUUGCUUGGACUGAGGUGGUCAAGUUCUAAAGCAAUGAUGGUGGCCUUCUUUUCUGUCAAUAUUGCUGUCACGCAGACGAUGAAGAGUUUGACUCAAGUUGUUUUAAUCGAUGUUGUCCCUACGGCUAUGAGGACUUUAGCGUUAUCUUUGGUGAUGCUGACGGCUCGUGUGGGUACAUUAGUUAGUAACGUCGCCUUUCCUAUUCUACUCGCCAUGGGUUGUUCUAUACCCUUCUACACAAUGGCCGCCAUGAUGUCUUGUGUAGUCAUGUUAUCAAUAUUCCUGCCAAAGAAGAAACAAUAAUGUACUUAACUCAUUAGAUUUAGUGUAGCAAUAAAUAUAGUUAAUUGUUAA